GAUUUGGUGGAGUGUGUGAGUCCGCACUGCAAGCAGAGAGGAAUAGCCUGCAGUGGGCUACCAAGUUCCGUACCAAGUUCCACUUGCACUUCAGGGAAACUGUCUACUUUGGGAACGCCUUUAUGUUUGCUUUAAUAACUUUCUGUUGGUCAUCUGUCGUCGAAUCUGCGGCUUAGCAGCCACUUCAGAAAGGGAUGGAGGCAACAUAUUAAAAUCGUGUAGCGUACGGUCCACGUAUCCAUGUAGCCUUUGGAAGGUGUGCCUGCUGAAGACGCAAACAUGCCGCUGACCGUAGUGGAGUUGUUGAGCUCGUGGCUAAUCCUGCUACAGUUCGUCUCUUGGACAUCGGCACUAAAACUAUCUUCGGAAGAAGCAAACCAGUUCUUAUGGAGACACAGGCGGGCAUACCAAGUUUUUGAGGAGACGAAACAAGGACAUUUGGAGAGAGAGUGUGUCGAGGAGAAAUGCAGCAAGGAGGAGGCGAGAGAAGUGUUUGAAAAUGACCCCGAGACGGACUACUUUUGGCCCAAGUAUUUGGCAUGUAUGGACAAAUUUGGGGAUUCUGAGAAAAAGAAGCAGGACCUGAUUACGUGUGUGCACAAUAUCCCUGACCAGUGCUCACCGUCGCCCUGCUAUUCCAGAGGUACGGUGCGCUGUGAGGACAAAAAGGGCGAGUUCCUGUGUCACUGUUUCACAGGAUGGACGGGCCCCAAGUGUGACCAAGAUGUGGAUGAGUGCAGUGAGCGGAAUGGUGGGUGUGACCACGUCUGCAGAAACACCCAAGGGAGCUACCACUGCUAUUGUCACCAAGGUUACGCUUUGGUUGGCCACCACAAUUGUGUUGAUAUAGACGAGUGUGCUACAACCCCUGAUGUCUGUGGGACUGCCCGGUGCUCUAACUUGAUUGGGGACUACGAGUGUCUUUGCGAAGACGGCCACAUCUAUGACAACAAAACCAAGAGCUGCUUGGAUGUGGAUGAAUGUGAAUCACAGUUAUGCGAGGAGGACUGUGUGAAUACGCCUGGAGGAUUCCGCUGCUUCUGUGAUGGCCGUCAAGGGAAGAAGUUGUCUCAAGAUCUGAGGACGUGUGAGCCCCUGGAACCGUGUGUGCCUCUGGACCUGAAACGUAAUGCACGCUCUUUGUAUCUGGGUCGCAUGUUCAGUGGGUCACCAGUGGUCAGACUUCGCUUUCGCCGGAGAGUUCAAACAGGCUUCACGGCAGAGUUUGACCUAAGGACGUUCGACCCGGAAGGUGUUAUCUUCUUUGCCGGUGGCCACCUCAACAGCUCCUGGAUUGUGCUGGCGAUUCACCAUGGCAAGCUGGAGCUGCAGCUAAAAUAUGGAGCUGUAAGCCGCAUCACCAGCAGUGGCCCAGAGGUCAACGAUGGCGAAUGGCACAAGAUCUCUGUGGAGGAGCAGGCGCGAAGCCUGGUGAUAAAGAUCGACCGAGAAGCGGUGAUGAAGAUCGCCGUCAAUGGAGACCUCUUCACUCUGAAGAAAGGCCUGCAUGAGCUCAACCUUACAGUUGGUGGGAUCCCCUUUAAACAGGAUGGCCUCAUCAGCAAGGUGAACACACGGUUAGACGGCUGUAUGCGAGAGUGGCGCUGGCUAACCGGAGAGGACUCGUCGAUCCAGGAGACGGUGCGCAACAACGACCACAUGCAGUGCUUCUCCAAGGUGGAGCGUGGAGCCUUCUACAACGGCUCUGGAUUCGCUUUCUUCAACCACAGCCAUGGUGACCCGCAGACUCUGAAUGUGCAGUUAAACAUUCGUCCAGCCUCAUCGCUGGGUGUGCUCUUCGCCCUAAUUCACCAAGAUGAUGUCUCUUUCUCCAUCUCUCUCUCCGACUAUCACCCUACCAAGAAAGAGUGGCAAGAGCAUGUGCUGGUGUCAAUGGGAGACGUGGUGGUGGCGAGUGCAGCUGUGUCCCUCUGUGGGUCCGGAGCUCACCAGGUGAAUGUAACCGUGUCGGGGAACCUGACACUGCUGGAGGUGGACGGCCAACCAGGUCAGAGCGAGAACUCGGAGGCCAAGGACCUGGAUCUCGCAGCACCCUACGGAACGUUCAUUGGAGGCUUGCCAGAUGUGUCGGUGGUGUCCACCCCUGUAUCGGCUUUCUACACAGGCUGUAUGGAGGUGACCGUGAAUGGGAAUCUAUUGGACCUGGACGAGGCUCUGCACAAACACAAUGAUAUACUCUCCAAGUCCUGCCCCCUGGUGGGCAUACCUUAAUAUUGCAGCUCAGUAUUGCCACAGACAUUUCAUUUCUUCCAAACACGUCGCCUUUAUAUUUUCUCCUUUCUAAGUCCGAUCCAAAUGGCCUGCCCUUGCACACGUCUGCUAUCUGCCUUGCCAUAAUCUCCCAUCUCCAGCCCUUUUAAAGGCCAAUGAUUCAAGAAAAAAAUCACACUAUUAGGGGGACUCGACUUGAUGUAGCUGUCUAAAGACGACCGCUGUCAUGAUUAUUUUUGUGAUUCCUAUACGUUUUCAAAUCGGAAUUGUGCGUACGUCAUGGUUGAAAUGGUCAUGGUUCUGAUCAGAAUCUCAGAAAUAAUCACGUCUGCAGUCGUCUUGAGACGGCUACAUCCAGUCGAAUUCCCCCUUUUUCAGCCUUCCUGAGUACAGCCCAGCAGCUUAAGUAGACCACGUUUUUAUGUUUUUUCCUCACUCUGCCAAAUAGUAUUCUUUCCGUCACAGAACGGCCUUUCCUCCUCCUCCUCCUCCUCCUCCAAUGGUAAGAAAUGUUUAUAAUAGAGCGUAGGCACAGUUUUUUCAUAACUAACAUGAGCAGUUUCCUGCUUCAGUUUAUAAUGCUUAAAACAAGCAAAGCAAAUGACAUUGGUGAACUUUGCCCCAUGUAAAUGAAUGGGCUGCAACGGUCUAGCACAUGUCACAUAGAACGCAAGAGUAUUGUAUUUUUAAGGUAGUCACGGAGACACAUUUGGGGUUCCAUAUAAAAGUGUGUCAGGGUGCCCGUAUACGAGAGGCAUCUGGCGUAAAACACGCGGCAAAGCCCCACGUAAGCUACUGAGUGAGACGCACUGUAUCGUAGGUCAUAUGUAUAUACAUAAAUGUACAGUGCUUUUAGAUAGAAGCCUAUAGAAGACGGAACUCAGAAAGGGGUCCCUACUACAGUUAAACAUCCUCAUGAGCUUGCCCCCCCCACAACAGUUUUUAUCGCGUCUGUAGCCGGACAGGAUUUGGGCAUUAUGUGUCCUCAAAAUGCCACAAACAUGGAUACAUGAACUGUAAAGAUGUAAUGACUUUUAGGGAACAAAAAAAAAAAAACUUCAAUAAGGUCUGACCGCCAUUCAAACUGAAAUUUGCCUUCCCCUUUUUACCUAUAUCUAUAUUUUAAAGGCUCAGAGGGUAUUUUUUUGUGUAUGUUUGUGUGUGAGUGUGUAUGUAUGUGUGUGGAUGGGUGUCUGUGUGUGUUUGGUUUAAUAGCAUACUGAAUGUUUGGAAUAUAGUUUAACCAUCUGUAUUAUUUUUUGAAGUUUAGAAUCGUUGUUUUUGUAUUUUCGUAUGGUGCUCCCCGUUUGGGGAAACCUUAAAGGUUAUUUUCAGUCCCACUGAAUCAAUCAAUCAAUCAAUAAAUACAUAUAUACUUGAGCUGGCUGUGUUUAAGACAAAAAAAAACACACUGAAUGUAAAAUGCAAUACUUUCACAAACAUUGAAAAGAAAAAGUCUCCAAAAACAUGUUUGAGUUUGAAAACUUAACACCAGUUCUUUAAGGAAGGAAAUGCUAUGCCAUAUACACACAUUUUGAAUGCUUGCAGUGGAAAAGUUUAAAAAAGGAAAAAAAAAAGAAAAAAAAGAUGAAUAAAAACUUCUUGAGAGGGUUCUAGCAAUGCUACCUCAACCACAA